GUCUGGCCAAUUUUGCGUCGCCACGUCAGAGUAGCAAAGCGCGAAAUGUAGGUAUGGUUGUCAGAGUGAGUCUACUUAUCUUCUUCUCCAUCAUUUUCCCUCUGCAAAUCCCUCUCUUCAAAUUCAAGAGACGGCUAUGGGGGAGUUUGCAGUGGUUCCACCAUGCUACAAGAACUCGUUAACACGCACUGGGGCGCAUUUUUGCGGAUGGGAGUGGAAGGGAAAGCCGGUCGGAAAAUGGCAAUGCCGUGAUGAAUCGAGACCACAGCCAUUGACGAUAAAGAGCCAGACGGCGAAACUUUCAACUUACUCUUCCUCUAUUAGCACAGAUUGCCCUCUAUUCGAAUCCCCCCAGGCGUCUUUCGAUCAAUAUCUGGAGGAUAAGCCCAGAGUCUUCAAAGCAAUCUUUCCUGAAAAACAAGGAAGCCAACAAUUGAAUGAGGAAGAGUGGAAAAUCUAUAUGCUACCUAUAAAGUUCCUGUUUCUUACUGCCUGGCCAGUGAUUGACUUGAGCUUGAGAUGUAAAUCAGAAGGGAUAGAUUACCCACCCGGAGUUCCUCGUGAUAUCUCAAAGGUUCUUGAGCUCGAUAUUAUAAGAUGGGAGCUCCAAGGCCUAAAUGACAUCCUCAAGCCUUCUCAGUUUGAUCUUGGUGUAAAAGGAGCUCUGUACCGUGAUAGCCAGGGAACCGAAAGCCGGCUUAAAGGUCAGUUAGAGAUUAGCAUAAGCUUUGUUAUCCCUCGAGUGCUUGCUUUGGUCCCUGAAGAUGUUCGUCAAGAUGUUGCAGAGUUGGUGCUAAGGAGAUUGGUGGAGAACAUGAAGGACAAAGUUAAUGAUAGCUUGCUUGCUGAUUAUAAUGAAUUCAAGGAGGAAAAAUCAAACAAUUUAGUAUGAGCCAAGAGCUGAAUCUGAUUACAACUUUAGAAAGAUUGAUUUGUGGAAGACCUGAUUGGGAUAAACAUAUAAGGUCAGAGAUGCAAGAGCAAAUUCAAGCUACCACCAAAUAGGCCUGAAAGAACACGGCAUCCAAGCUCCCAUUUACUAUAUUUUAUCGUCAUUCUCCACGAGUCAAACAAAAAUUUCAAGUGGAUGUUGCUUUUUGAUGUAUAUAGUUUGUCAUGAAAGCAGUUUCUGGUGUUUCCUGUGAUUCCAAAUCCAUACUGUAGAAACCUGGGGAUGGUUAUAUUAUUCUUAGCAGAAUGUGGAGGAUCUCAGAUUGAUGGAAUGUCCUUGGGUCGGUCUUGUCAAGGGCAUAGAUAAUAGUUUGAUGAAGACAGGUAACUGGGUCAAUUUGAUGAAGUAGGAGACAGAUCAGAACCUGGAAAAAUGUUGAAGAAGAGGAAUAACUUCAGCAAUAAUGAAAGAUAAUAAGAUCUGGGUGUAAGAAUGUUUCCUUAGUUUGUGGAUCAUGUUAAUCAAGGAAUUACGAAAUGUUCUUGAAUAUUGAGUUUGGCC